GUCCUUUGUCUUCUCCAUUCUUUCUGCAAUUUAAACAAUUUAUUCCCAGCUUAUGCAUGGCGUGGCAAACUCAUAAUAAUGGCGGGAGGAGAAUCAGGGAGGCCCUUCUGGUAUACACCAACAUGGGUCAUCGCCAUUGUUUGUUUUAUCAUUGUUUUCAUCUCACUUAUUGCUGAGCGUGCUCUUCAUAAUCUUGGGAAGUGCUUUAAGAGGAAGAACCAGGAUUCACUGUAUGAGGCACUGGAAAAAGUAAAGGAAGAGCUGAUGCUUUUGGGAUUUAUCUCCCUUCUAAUGACGGUCUUUCAAGUUGUGUAUGUGUUCUUUUGUGCCUCAACCAUGGUUCUUGGAGGAAUCAAGGCGGCAUUUUUCAAGCAAUUUUAUGGAUCAGUGACUAGGUCUGACUAUAUAGCCCUACGUUCUGGAUUCAUACGUGAACAUUGCCCGAGCAACCCAAACUACAAUUUCCACAGGUAUAUGCUGAGGACACUGGAGGAAGAUUUCAGAAGGAUUAUAGGUGUAAGCUGGUACUUGUGGCUGUUUGUUGUAAUCUUCUUGCUUGUAAACAUCGCAGGGUGGCAUACAUACUUUUGGCUAUCAUUCUUACCUCUAAUACUGCUGCUAAUUGUUGGAGCUAAAUUAGAGUAUAUAAUAACUCAAUUAGCCAAAGAAGCUCAAGAAAGUGCUGAAGGAACACUGGUUAGGCCUUCUGAUGAACUUUUUUGGUUCCAACAGCCGGUUCUCGUCCUAUACUUGAUUCACUUCAUCUUAUUCCAAAACUCGUUCGAAAUAGCAUUCUUCUUGUGGAUUUGGAGCACGUAUGGCUUUGAAUCUUGCAUCAUGGAGAAGUUGAAUUUCAUCAUCCCAAGAAUUGUUGUUGGGAUCAUUGUGCAAGUGCUCUGCAGUUACAGCACUCUGCCUCUAUAUGCUUUAGUUUCACAGAUGAGCAGCAUGUUCAAAGAAACUUUGUUCGCACAAUUCACAAAAGAGCUGCUUCGGACAUGGGCUUCAGACACAAAGCACGGUUCUUCCAGAACUAAUGGAAGUAUAAAUAGGCUGACCUUUGAAUCAACUAAUUCCACUUGCCUCGCUCAGCAAAUGGCUAUGGACAGUGCAACUACAUCAUCUGAGAUCGAACUUUCUCGUCCAGAAAAUAUUAGUAGACCAUCUUCCUUCAACAAGUACUAAAUAAUUCAACAUAUUUUUUAUUCUUCAGCUCCUGACAUGGCAUAAGGUAAAAUAUAGAACUUUCCUUGUCACAGACUAUGAGAUACUGAAAAAAAGAUGGUAUUAUUUCUAACAGAAAUUACAAAUAGAAAGCAUUCAGUUUUUUUUUGGACAAACAUUUACAUCAAGAGAAUGAAGAGAUCUAAACCAACAUGAAAGCUACAAACAAGACAAUAAAUUGAAAAAACUAGGAUUAAUGUUUGUAUAUAAGUUUAUCCCAUUCAAAAAUCUCUACUGUGCAAUGGUGGAGUCUUGCCCCUUGGACUCUGCUUUAAGUUUGUUCAAAGUUCUCUUUGUGUAGACUCCAAAAGCAACUAUAGUGACUAUUGCAAAGAUGAAGGAGAUGGCAUUGUAAAUAAUCUCCACUGGAGUCAUCACAUGGUUCCCGUACUUGACAUCUGCUAAUGUCCUCAACAGCCUCCCACUGCAUAGAACCAAAAGAAGGCUUCUGGUAUCAUCCCUACUACUGAUCCACAUAAAUAAGGCCAGAAUCUCACACUUGUUACAACAAUUGCAUAAUUGAAGAUGGGGUAUGGAAAUGGUGAAUUCCGAAACAGUGCAACAACUUUAAACUGAUGGAACCAACUUCCUUCCCCAGCCAAUCUGAUCAUAGCAGCCUUUUGAGGCCAUCUCUUCAGCCAUUGCUGCUAGCCACAUUGAGGGGCCGGAAGGAAUCAGAACCACAGGGAAUAAAGCCAAUGAAGCAACAAGCACAAGAGCGAGCACUGGAGGACCAAAUGCCGUGGCUUCUAAUCGCAAGAUUGGAAAAAGA